AUGAAGGAUCUGUACCAUGAGAACACUUACACUGCACAAUCAACUUCACAUUUUCAUUUGACUGUUCUGCCUUCGUCCUCAGCCAUGUGGCCUGCUUUGUUUGCGAUAGGAGAUUUAAAGCAAUAUGACUUGAAAAAGCAGAUUUGCUGGAAUAUUGUUAAACUGGUAAAAUCCCAUUUGUACAGUAAAAGAGCAUCUUUUUGUUUCGGAUUUUUGCAGGUUUCUCGGUUGCUAGGUGCUUUCAAAAGCCAAAAAAAGGUGACCAGAAGUUUUGGUAAUGCUGUACAAACAGUAACUUUAAUCCCAGGAGAUGGCAUUGGACCUGAGAUUUCUGCUGCUGUCAUGAAGAUCUUUGAUGCUGCCAAAGCACCUAUUCAGUGGGAAGAGAGGAAUGUUUCGGCUAUCCAAGGACCAGGAGGGAAGUGGAUGAUACCCCCAGAAGCCAAAGAAUCCAUGGAUAAAAACAAAAUGGGAUUAAAAGGGCCCCUGAAGACCCCGAUUGCUGCAGGGCACCCGUCCAUGAAUCUGCUGCUGCGUAAAACCUUUGACCUGUACGCCAACGUACGUCCCUGCGUGUCCAUUGAGGGCUACAAGACUCCCUACACGGACGUGAACAUCGUCACCAUCCGCGAGAACACCGAGGGCGAGUACAGCGGCAUCGAGCACGUGAUUGUUGAUGGGGUUGUGCAGAGCAUCAAGCUGAUCACAGAGGAAGCCAGCAAGCGCAUCGCAGAGUUUGCUUUUGAAUAUGCCAGAAACAAUCAAAGAAGCCACGUGACUGCAGUGCACAAGGCAAAUAUUAUGAGAAUGUCUGAUGGACUUUUCUUGAGAAAAUGCAGGGAGGCAGCAGAAAACUGUAAAGAUAUUAAAUUCAAUGAAAUGUAUCUGGAUACUGUAUGUCUGAAUAUGGUUCAAGAUCCAUCUCAAUUUGAUGUGCUUGUUAUGCCAAACUUGUACGGUGACAUCCUCAGUGACUUGUGUGCUGGACUCAUCGGGGGUCUUGGAGUAACACCCAGUGGAAACAUUGGUGCCAACGGCGUGGCCAUUUUUGAAUCUGUUCAUGGAACAGCACCAGACAUUGCAGGAAAAGACAUGGCCAAUCCCACUGCCCUCCUGCUGAGUGCUGUGAUGAUGCUGCGCCACAUGGGAAUGCACAAACACGCCUCCAAGAUUGAGUCAGCCUGCUUUGAUACCAUUAAAGACGGAAAGGUCUUGACAAAGGACUUGGGAGGCAAUGCCAAGUGCUCGGAAUUCACAGAGGAGAUCUGCCGCCGAGUACGGGACAAAGACUAAACCUCCUGCUGCUGCUGCUGCUGGUGACUGGAAGGACACAUCACAGAGUACAAUAUAUGUAACCUGAUAUCCAUAUGCAUAGAGUUUGCUUCUCUCUUGAAGGCAGACUUUUUAGCUGAGGCCUCUCCAUUAAUAAACCUAGUCCAAAUGGCUACAAACAAU